GUUCUGGUUCUUUCACUUUCGUUUUCUUACGGUUUCUGUGAUGCUGCGGGUGGUGGGAAGUGGCAUCACAAAGACAGCGCGAACGAGCUCAAUCUCUCAUUCAGCACAAUGACAUUUAUGCAAAACCGUGGGUGCGCAUGACACGAAGGGAAAAAUCUCGGAAGCUGGAACGGAGCAACGGCGCAUACAUCACAGGUGGCGCAACAAGUUGCGAAUGCGUCGAAUGCGCGGACGGAUGCCUGUGAACGGCUGUGAAAUAGCGAAUGUUCGGUACGUUCGUAUCUCACACCUGUCAAUUUUGAGGCAUAAAACCAUGUGACUGGCACGUCUGCAGCGUCAGGAGACGUUUAUAAGGAGCUGAAGCAUGACUGACUACAGCGAACGAGACAAGUGGGUUUGUCCCAAUGACCGAGAGUUGGCAUUGCGAGCAAAGCUGCAUACAGGCUGGUCUGUCAAAACAGGAGGCAUCAACUCAUUUUCGAAGGUAGAGCAGAUGAGCGACACAGACCAAGAAGUCAUUGUGGAUGUCAUAAAGCGGGCAGACAUGCUUGAACGCAUCGAACAACACCGUGUUGGGCGACUAGUCGAACGGGUAGAAAAUAUGAAGAGGAAUGCGCUUGGCAAUGGGACAACGCAGUGCCUCCUGUGUGCCGAAGAGUUUGGGCUGUUGAGCAGCUCACCGAUGAUUUGCAACGACUGCAGAAAGGCCGUGUGCUCAAAAUGCUGUGUGGAUACAUUCAGCGUCUGCAAAGAACAAAUAUGGCUCUGUAUGAUCUGCUCGGAGACUAGAGAGAUGUGGAAGAAAUCUGGAGCUUGGUUCUACCAUGGCAUGCCAAACUACAUUCCCCCGGAGAAGAAGGACGCCGGUACCAAAUUUGCCUGCAGCAAAGGCAACGGCAGCGGGGUGUCCGCCCACGCAACAAAAUCGUGGCAUAAAGGACAAGCAGAAAAAGAGUCUACGGACAGUUCUGACGAUGAAAUGAGAGGGAACAAGGUGAACCGGAGGGUCAUUUCACGAAAAGCACUGUAUGACUCAACAGACAGCAGUGAUUCUUCGACCAGCAACAAGGUUGCCUUCCCUUCAUCUCCCGAGAGGUUCGAGCAAGGGGCGUCAUCACGUGACACCGCUUCGGCUUUGCAGUGCAGCACAGAGGGCGACCUCACCAGCUUUUAUAACGAGCUAAUAUGCAUGUCAGAUUCUUCAAAGAGCCCAGCUAGUCGGCAUUCUGAGGUGGCACCAUGGUUGCAAAGGAGACAAAAUGAAGCUUCCAAAACGGAUUCCGAGGAAGAGCAACUGGAUAGCGAGAAGAAAAGGCACGCCCUUUACAUCUCGGAGGAUCGGUCUGCAGAUAGCAUCAGCAGCAUCGGAACAACGGGCCGAUAUGUCACGGCACACCCGCCACGAAACGGAAAAAACGAUCCGUUCGACGACUCCGCUUUUGGCUCAGUUUACGAAGACGACCGCCGAUACUCCGGGGAUUCAAGCCCCAUAGGCACUCUGGAAUUCUCUCUGCUGCUCCUGAACUCAGGCCAAGCCCUCAAGUGCACCAUACACAGAGCUAAGCAUUUACGUGGUACAGACCUUGAUGGCUUGGCAGAUCCCUUUGUAAGUCUCGAGUUGCUGCCAUGCUCAAGAAAAGCGCACGAAGACACGACCUGCGUGCAUUGUGUAGAGGAGGAUGUUAUGCGAACGAAGACGGUUCACAGGACGGUGAACCCGGAAUUUAAUGAAACACUGACAUUCCAGAAGGAGGAAGACCUCAGUAAACGAACACUAAGAUUGACGAUCUUCGACGAGUACCAUUUCGGGAACUGCUUUCUCGGCGAGGUCGUGAUUCCGUUAAGGUUACUCAGACCAAAUCACAUGGGACAAUUCAGUGUGCAGCUCGAGAAAUGUUCAGACGAAGAACUGUUAUACUGCGAGAAACCACGCAUCCUCCUUUCCCUCUUACACUCGUGCCAAGGGAACAUGCUCUUUGUUGGGAUCGUAAGAUGUGUUAAUCUGCCGGAGAAGGAUCGCAACUCGGACCCCUUCGUGAAAAUAUGCUUGAAGCCAGACAUUCCUCCGAUGAAGCACAAGACAUCGAUUAAGAGGAAAACCCUAAACCCAGAAUUCAACGAGGAAUUCGCGUUCAAACUGGGAAACGAUCUUACACUGGAGAAAAGGUUCCUGCAGGUGUCUGUAUGGGAUUACGGCAGAAUGGACGAAUACAUAGGUGGACUUGAACUGGGUGUCCACUGUAAGGGAGAGCAGCUACAGCAUUGGCUCGACGUGGUACAAUAUCCCGAGCAGCGGUUCGAGCGAUGGCAUACGCUCGCUUCGGUACCCCCGUGAUACAACAGAACUUGCCUUACUCGCCAACAUGCAUUUUUCUUGGGUAUACUUAUAGCUGUCUACAGUAUAUACAUGUGUGUGUGUAUGUGCGUGUUUAUAUACAGUUAUACUGUCUCGGAUGCUGUACGACAAAGUGUCGUUUGUACAAGUGGACGAAAUGUCAAGGCACAGAAAGUGCCACUGAACAUCCUAGAGGCCAGUUUCAACAAAAGAAAGUAGUAGAUAUGAACCCAACGGUAUUAAAAAUUCCAUCGAGGCUCCGUCGUGGAGUGGAGAGCGGAGAACGGGAAGGUGCGUGAGCUGGUCGCUAGGAUACAGACGCUCGAGAGCAUGGUGACGUCAUCUACUGUCGGAAAAUCCGAAACUACCGAGUAUUGCGGGUUCUUUCGAUCUCUGUGGAAGCGCGUCGCUUGAGCGACGUGAUGUAACAACUGGAGGGCCCGCCAAUAACGACGUCGCUUUCACUGGCCGUAGCUAUGGAAACGAACCGUCAUUAGCCGCGUUGGGAGCCACUGGAAGCCAGGGAAAGCCUGUGUCUCGAAAUCGUCUGCGACGAUUGGCUGACUGCUAGGAUUGGCGGACAUUGUACGUCUACGUGCGAAGGAGUGUGAGGAAGAAUUAGGGCAGGCCUUCUGUAGCUAGGUGGCUUUGGUAGUGCUCACUGACAGCAUUUACGUUUUGCGUACGAGUCUUUGAACAAUGAGAGGCGGCGUCGGAUUGGUCUCCUACAACACCCGAUGAUUGGACAGGUCGUUUGAGCAGACCAAUGGCAGCCCGCUCCGCAUUGUCAGCGUUCUUGAAGAGAGAGGGAAAGCAUAAAUCAAUCACGGACGAAUCGCUUUCUUUUUGUCUUGGUUUCAAGGUACCGGUAUAUCAAGAAUAUGUUACUACAGUGCUACAUCAGUGCUACUACAGUGCCCUUUAAUAUAUUUUGAGAAUUUUUCUUUACUUCGUUACACAGAACCUCAAGUGCGUGUGUCAACCGCAACAAAGAUCACAAACACUGACGCUGCAGUGCCAUGUACAAUCACACACAGUUACAGACUACAAUGGGAUACAAACUCUCUUAAAAGCGUUGAAGUUACAUAUUUAUUUUUAGUAACAUUGUUGCAUAUGACCUGCUGUGUGGCUUGCCUAUUCAACUACUGUUUAUACAACCAUAAAGUUUGCUUUGAAUGUCGUGUAAUAAAAUUAUACGAGAUCA